UUAUCGUUUCGCGUGCACGAAAUUCGUAGGUUUAAUUAGACUUUAACUACAAAAUCCUAUUUGUUAUUAGGAUUUCGAGUCCAAGUGCUUAAUUUCCCUUUUUCCGAUAUUUCGUGUAUAUAUAUCGUACCUGAUGUACUGCUCUUCAUUGCAGAUUCCCGAUGUCUCCCCGUCGGUCUCGACCUUCCGGGAGUCACCCUUGCUCGCAGCAUGGCAUGGAGGAGGCUCCUACGACAUCGUCUCCAGUGACCUCCUGCUUUGGGGUCGAUUUUCCCGGUGGUAGCUUUCCUGUUCAUGCGAACACCGGUUGCAGCCGUGAGGUCUUUUCGUCGACUUCUGCUAGGCGGGUGGUUGAUCCGUUCCCGCAGUUUGACAGGGAUCGUUCAGACGAGUCCUGUCGCCUGAUACGAGAUGGGGGGCGUCACUGUUUACGCCAGCUCAUUACUGACGCUCCUUUUACCGCGGAUGCUACGUCCACCCAGGCUUUGAAGAAGCCGGACUUCUUGUUCGGUGAUCAUGUGGAGGAUCCCGACACAUUGACUUUCUCAGAGGAGCAUUGGCUAAAUCUUGAAGAGAGUGCCCUUCUAUAUAUUCCUUCCGUUCCUCGUCAUUGUUCCUUUACUCAUCUGGAGGGACAAGUUGUGGAAAGACGGAUGUCUUGGGACCUCACUGAUGACGCUGUGCGGGUUCAGUGUGGGUAUGUUUCUCAUGGGAAGACCCCUGGUUCAGGCGGAUAUCAUCCUGUUCGUGGUCUACGACCCGGGAUCAUGGGCCUUGACGCCGCACCCCCAGACGAGAUGUUUACAGUUGCUUCUACAGUGAGGAACAGGUUGGCUCUCCUCGGGAGAAGGCUUCCUCACCCGGAGUUCCGAUGCUAUGGUUGGGCUUCUUCUUUACCCAAGGGGUGGUGGCCCCGUAUGACCGACUAUGUCUUGGGCCAUUGGGAGAAGAUUCUGAAGAGCAGUGGCCUGUAUGUGCCUAUACGGGCUACUAUGUAUGGACUCCCCGUCAGCUGCCGCCAUUUCUUGGCAUUGUUGGAGACGUACAUGCCUGAUAGCAACACCUUUCUGACCGGUGACGGAGAGUUGGGGUUAGCUCUCCAUGAGAUGCAUCAGGUUUCCGGUCUUCUGAUGGGAGAUUACCCCUAUCAGGAGUACUUUCCUUCGAACCAGCAGUUGUGGCGGUUGAAGCAUGAUGAUCCCGAUAUGUAUGCUACCCUCUGGGACCUCACCUGUCACUAUCAUACUGCCUUGAUCCAGAUUUCUCCUCCCGCGAAGACCAAGAGGAAGAUUAGCUUGAAGCAGUUCGCCACUUAUCUGUUCCAGAACUUGGAGGGUAGUUCCAGUGAUCCUGUUCGUGAGCGAGAUAUUUUGACUGUCACUGCCGUUAACGAGUUGGUGGAGAAGAGCGGGGCCCAAUCCUAUACCAUUGCCAGCGCUGAGGGAGCUUUCCCCGCGGGAACCAAGUUUCGUUCGUUCCUUUGCCGAGCGCAGAAGUCCAUCGAGCCUCGGUCUCUGUUGGCAGGCUAUCUUGCACUCUGGUUGAAGAAGUGCGUUGUUCCUUACCAGUCUUCGGAUGCCUUACCUCUUGAGGUGCUUUUUCCCGCGGUUCAGUUGGCUUAUGGGAAAGAGCUUUCUUUGCUCCCGGCGAUGGUUGCCAGCAUUCUUUGCGGGCUUAGGAGUGUGGUCCGUAGCUUUACUCAGGUGGGUCCUGAGCCAUCUACUGGGCUUAUCUGUCCUAAGGUUGAGCUUCCCUAUGCAUAUCUGAUGGCAUGGCUCGUUCUUCAUCGCCCUGACCUGAUGUCAGCGCCUAGUGCUGUUGAUGUUCCCGUCCCAUAUCUGCAGCUGUUGGAGAAGAGCAGAUGGCUCGGGAAGAAAUUUGAAGACGUUCA